AAGAGGGAAGGAUCCACAGGGCAGACACCAGGACAGCACACAUGGGAGCAGAGACCAUGGAGUCCCCUUCUCUGUUUCUCUGCAAAGGGCUCCUGCUCACAGCCUUCCUCUUAACCUGCUGGAAUGCACCCGCCGCUGCCGAGCUCACUAUUGAAUUAGUGCCACCCAUGGUUGCCGAAGGCGGAAACUCCGUUCUGUUUGUGCAUGAAAUGCCACUGAACGUCCAGGCGUUUUACUGGUACAAACAGAGAGAUUCGACGAAGAGCUACGAAGUCGCACGGUACUUAACACCCACGAACCAAAGUUCGAAGAUGCCUCAGCACAGUGAUAGGAAAACCGUAUUCUACAGUGGAUCCCUGCUGAUCAGAAACGUCACCAAGGCUGACAGUGGAGUCUAUACCUUACUAACAUUUAACACGGAAAUGGAAAGCGAAUUAACACAUGUGCAUCUGGAAGUGCAGGAGCCCGUGGCACAGCCUACCCUCCAAGCAGACAGCACCGCGGUAACAGAAGCUGGUUCUGUGACCCUCACAUGUGUCUCAGAAGACCCUGGACUCUCCAUCCGCUGGCUCUUCAAUCACCAGGGCCUGUAUUUCAAUGACAGGAUGACUCUGUCCCAGAAAAACAGCAGACUUACCAUAGACCCAGCCAAGAGGGAGGAUGCUGGGGAGUACCAGUGCGAGGUCUCCAACGGCUACAGCUCUAAGAUGAGUCUCCCGCUCCAAAUGUCUGUGACUAGUGAGUGACCUGGCCUCUCUCUUCGUGCGUCACGGGGGCAGGGAAUUCUUUGUUAAUGAUGCUAAAAAUGAAGAAAAGUUCUAGGGAAGAACCAAGGCAGCCAGCGUGGUGACGGAGCCCUGCCAUCCCAGGCAGCCAGCGUGGUGACGGAGCCCUGCCAUCCCAGGGUAAAACUCCAGUCAGCAGGAUCAUGAGUUUGAACCAGCCAGGGUUACAAAGAGAGACCGAGUCUCAAAACCAAUCAACACAGUAAGCAAAACUACAAAGGGAUUAUAACUAAGGGCUUAGGUUCUGAGUUGAAUAUGGCCAGUCCUCCAGAUCCAUGGAGAGCUGAUUCCAGGAGUCCCCAAAUUUCUGGAUGUUUUGAGUCCCCUGUUGAAAACAGUGCAGUGUUAGCAUAGAGACAGACACAUUCUCCUCUCACGUGCCCCAGUCAUGCCUCACACCGUUGCCGCCCAGACACCUCUCCAGACCAUUUCUAAGCGUAUUCCAUUUCCUACAGCCCUGAUAGCUGUCAGCCUGCUUCUGCCUCUGUGUACAUGGCAUUUGUCUUUUUUGUUGUUGUUGUUAGCAUCAUACGAAUCAUGAUUCUGUUCUCUCAAGCCACCUGGUUAAAUUAAAGGACAUUAAAGGACA